CGCACGCAGCGUCAAAUCGUGAACGACCAUGGCGGAAUGUGGUCGAGUUGACAGCAGCUCAAGUAGUCACACCAUGGAUAAAAGCAUUAUUCUUCCUCCCGACGAGAUAUUCCGCAAUUUGGAGAACGCAAAACGCUUCGCCAUAGACAUAGGUGGCUCUCUCACAAAACUCGCCUACUAUUCAACUGUGCAACACAAAGUGGCCAAAGUGCGAUCUUUCGACCACUCUGCAAAGGCCGCCAGUGACAAGCUGUAUGAAAUAUCCGUGCAGGAAGAGGUCACUGCACGCCUGCACUUUAUCAAGUUUGAAAAUGCUUACAUUGAAACAUGCUUGGACUUCAUCAAAGAUCACCUGGUCAACACGGAUACCAAAGUUAUCAAAGCCACAGGUGGAGGGGCGCACAAGUUCAAAGAGCUCAUUGAGAGGAAGCUGGGACUCAAAGUGGACAAAGAGGAUGAGAUGACCUGCCUCAUCAAAGGCUGUAACUUUGUGCUGAGGAACAUACCCCACGAGGCUUUCGUGUACGCCAAACACGCUGAUUCAGAGUUUCGGUUUCAGACGACUAAUCCAGACAUCUUUCCUUACCUGCUUGUAAACAUCGGCUCCGGAGUCUCCAUAGUCAAGGUUGAAUCGGAGGAUAAAUUUGAACGUAUAGGAGGAAGCUCGAUAGGUGGAGGGACGUUCUGGGGCCUUGGAGCCUUGCUCACCAAAACCAAGAGAUUUGACGAGUUGCUACAGUUGGCUUCUAAAGGGCAGCACACAAAUGUUGAUAUGCUUGUUAAAGAUAUCUACGGAGGAUCUUACGGGUCCUUGGGCUUGACUGGAGAUCUUAUCGCAAGCAGUUUUGGGAAGUCUGCUACUGCUAACAAAGAAUUCUCUAAAGAGGACAUGGCCAAGAGCUUAUUACAUAUGAUCAGCAACGACAUCGGACAGCUGGCCUGUCUGUAUGCCAAACUACACAACCUGUCCAGAGUGUACUUUGGAGGAUUCUUCAUCAGAGGACACCCUGUCACCAUGCACACUAUCACCUACAGCAUCAACUUCUUCACCAAGGGUGAAGUUCAGGCUUUGUUCCUGAGGCAUGAAGGCUAUCUUGGGGCCAUUGGAGCGUUUCUUAAAGGAGCAGAGGAGGACAAUCCAAACCAGUACAGCUGGGGUGAGAAUUAUGCGGGAAGCUCAGGCCUGAUGAGCGUUUCUCCAGAUAUGAAUCCCAUGCAACGUGCACGGAGUGGAACGUUUGACAUGCUGGAGAUGGACCGUCUGGAGAGGCAGCUGGUGAACCUGCCCCUGCUGCAGGACCCUUCCUCUUACAUCCCUGACACUGUGGACCUCACCGAGGACGCUCUGGCCCGUGAAUACUGGCUGUACUGCUUCGAGGAGGCCUUGGACGGGGUGGUGAAGAGAGCUGUAGCGAGCCAGCCUGACAUGCCGGAGGCAGCCGAGCGAGCGGAGAAGUUCCGUCAGAAAUACAGACACAAGCUUCAGACCCUCCGCCACCAGCCUUUUGCUUAUGGAUCCCUCACUGUCAGAAGUCUGUUAGACACGAGGGAACACUGUUUAAACGAGUUCAACUUUCCUGAUCCCUACUCUAAGAUUAAACAGAGGGAGAACGAUGCAGCUCUCAAAUAUUAUCUGAAGGCAGUGAAGUCCCUGGAGGCGUUGAGCUGGGAGGAGAGACAGUUUGCCCUGGUCAGGGGCGUCCUGGCUGGUAAUGUCUUUGACUGGGGAGCCAAGGCUGUGUCAGACGUCCUGGAGUCCGAUCCUGAGUUUGGGUUUGAGGAAGCCAAACGGCAGUUGGAAGAGCGGCCGUGGCUCAUUGAUUCAUUUGACCAGUGGCUGGAGAGACAAAGGGGUCCUCCUCAUAAGUGUGCCUUGUUUUUCGUAGAUAAUAGUGGAGUAGACAUCAUUCUAGGAGUGAUGCCUUUUGUCAGAGAGCUUCUCUCUAGGGGAACAGAGGUUGUGUUGGCCAGCAACUCGGGCCCGGCUUUAAACGACGUAACAAAUGGUGAACUCCAAAUAUUGACAGAAAGAAUCGCUGCCAUGGAUUCAGUGAUUCAGGCUGGACUGAGGGAGGACAGGUUGAUGUUGAUCCAGAGCGGUUCCAGUUCUCCCUGUUUGGAUCUGAGCCGUCUGGACAAAGUGCUGGCCAUGGUGGUGCGAGAGCGACAAACCGACCUGGUGAUCAUCGAGGGCAUGGGCCGAGCCAUUCACACCAACUACUACGCCAUGCUGAGCUGCGAGAGCCUCAAGAUGGCCGUCAUCAAGAACUCGUGGCUGGCCGACCGGCUGGGAGGGAAGCUGUUCAGCGUGGUCUUCAAGUACGAGGUACCGCCUGAAAAACCCAGCGAGGACUCUGCAGCGCUGACGCCCUAAUGAGCGAGAGGAACGUCACGUUUGAGCGGGACAGAACGCCGAAGUCAAACUGGAGCUCCGAAUGUAAGGAUGGACAUCGUAUACUGCCACUGAGUGAACGACCGACUGUAAAGCUGACUGUAAAAUUUUAGGCGGAUUUAAAAAGGUGAUCAUUAACAGAUUUAUUUUAAAACAUUGUUGAUUUUCGCGCUGGUUUCAUAAAGAUGAUUUGCAUUGCUUUUACGCAGGUCUCCAUUCAGUAUCCUGUACAAUCACUGAGUUUGCUGCCAUCAUUACUGUUGAUUUCAUGCAGCGCCUGGAGUCUGUUUUCAUGGGAGAGGAAGUCAUCGCUGUCUGUGUUCAGUAAACUUUUACACACUGUUCUGACAGUUGAAACUUUCAACUCGUAGAAAAAUGAAAAAGUUUAUUUAUGUCAAUGAGAUGCUGCCUACGACACACGACACACAUGCACCCACAUGGGAAAAUUAGAUUUUUUUUUGGCUGAUGUGUGUUUGUGUGUUAGAGAGAGGUGUAUGGGUAAUUAUAGCUUUCAGUGGUAACACUUUCACAAAAAAAGUGUAUUUAAUGUGCCUUGAGGCUGAUGUGAUAAAAGCAUCAUUCACUCUGAAUUCAACUAGAUCGCUUUUAAUUCCAGUUGAAGGCUACAACACUAAACAGAUAUGUGCUUUUGCUUCCCAGCAAUUUCACACCAUAAUUUAGGAAGAAUUCAUUUCCUGUUUUUCAUGACUGCCAGUAGAUGAAUUGAGAUUAAGAAAUGAAUCAUCGUCACUUGUGUAGCUGUUAAAGUGGAAUCAGGGAAAAUGUUUGACCAGUGAGAGAAAUCAGCACUUUAUCACAGAGUAAAGAAAUUAGGGCGUGUUCCUCCACAAGGUGGCAGUAUUCUACUGUGAAGUAGGUUUUUUAUAAUUUCUCAAAUUCUUUCCCACGGUGCUUGGUGUCAAAAUUAACACUGCAUAUUCAGGUUCAAAUAUUCCGUAUCUGAUCAAAGCGUCACAUGGAACUUUCUGUCACUGAGCCGGCCGUGGCACGAGUCCAUGGAUUCACUGUAAUUACCUGGCAUGUGUAAGUUGGAGUUGUUAAUCCAUCUCUGAAUCCAAAAUGCAAUCGUUUGAUGGCAAUAAUACUGCAGCACCUAGUUGUAACAAACAUAAAACACUGUGUGAUUGUGAAGUGGCUGACUAUACUGGUUACUUCAUCCUAAAUAUCGAAAUUCAAGGCAGGAUCAGAUUCGUCUCGGUGUGAAAACAUUUCAAGUCAAGUCAGUUGCUUGACAUGUAGACUCACAUUGCAAUACUGUAUUUGACAUUUGUACAUAUAUGUGAUAUACAAGUGUGUGUGUGUAUGUAUAUACAUUUCAUUUGCAUAUAAUUUCAGUUAAGCACACCAAGCACAAUUUUAUGUAUUAUUCUCCUGACAAUCAGUUUUAAUUAAACGGUUAAAACAUUUUAUUUUA